CCCCUCGAAUCUGAUAACUGCCAUUCCCAUCGUUCUCAAGAAUUCCUAGUGCGUAUCACCCCAACAGGAAUCGCAUGUUGAGUUUUUUUUUUUCCCCUCGUUCCCUGGAAUCCUGAACCCCAACGCUCUCAUAACGGGUGCAGUGGGAGACUUUGCUCAGCCCGAGUGGCAGCUGUGACCCCCAACAUUUCAUCCUCGUGCUGCAUGCUUCUUUGUUCAGGAGUACUCACUGGUCUGCAGCUGCUGCAUACAAAGUGGAGUUCAGGGGCCUCUCCCCGCACCCAAUACUCUGCUCUUGGAGUGAGUAGUGCUGACAGCCUUAAGAGCUCGCCCUGUGUCCGAUUCCAAAUCUGUCAGGAGUCUCCCCUUGCAGAGUCUGACAAGACUUACUCUAGUGGCAGAGAGGUUUCACUGUUCCUUUUUGUGGACCCCCAGCCCGGAAAGGGACAGCUUAGCUUUUUCCCAGGGUCUAUUGGCUCUUUGGCCUUUUGGUUAUGGUGGAUCUUUUGACCUUAAACACCACCUUUCCAGUAAAGGGUACCAAGAAGUUACAGAUGACGGCAGAGGAGUGAGUGAGGAGCCAAGAGAAGUGAUGGAUGGGAGGCCCUUUGUGCAGGCUUGCGAUUCAGACUUUUGUGUGAGGCUAGAGCAUUGCUAAGCUUUACAGGCAAGGAAGUAGAGCUGCCUCACCAGGUCCUGUCAGUGACAAUGCCACCUUAACCAGAAGGAAGGAACCCAGACCUCUGGGUUUGGGAAAGAGCACCUUUUCCAGUUUGAUACUGGACAACGGUGGCUCUCAGUUUCCGCUGGGGCAGAAGUAAUUUCAGCGUCUUGAAGUUUGACUUUUUUUUAGAGGCUUACAGACAUCAGACCAGUCCAGCCAGGUCAAGAUAUAUGCAGAGGAAUAAAGGAUGAGCUUUGCUUCAUGUCUUCUCCUUGACACUGCAGAGCAGAAUAAGUACAGAUCAUGGAUGCCAAGAGCUCUCAAUGGGGGAACAGAGAAGAUGCCAAUAUUACCCAUUGGGAUUCUGCAGCUUAACCUUCUAGACUUCUCUGCUGCUCUUCUAUAGUCUAUGAGUCAUUUUCCAGGCAGGACAGAGGCCUAUAUUGGGCUCCUCAGCAGCCUUAUGAAGAGAAGGGGAAACAGAUUACUUCAUCAUGGUAAUUCUUACAGAAGAGAAACCCAUGAACUGAGCAUAAGCCACACUCCUCAGAAAAAGGUAAAAGCAACUGUGACUUCAAAGGUGGCAAGAUGCUAAUCAGUGAAAGAGCCUGCCGCUGGCCAAGAGGAAUUGCUCGAAGUAGAUCUGAAGGAAAUUUGGUUGACAUGGAAGCCUCAACACUCUCAAAAAAUCAUAAUAUUAUAGCAUGCCAGAAGCUCGACCUUCCUCACAACUGGCCAGAUGCUUCUGUUCACCAUGGCAAUAGUGCUGCAAAAGCUACAAAUCCAUUCUGGAAUGAGCUGUCUGCCUCGAACCCAUUUCUGGAUGACAUCACUCAGCUAAGAAAUAACCAAAAGAGAGAUAAUAUGUCCAUUUUGAAGGAAGAUCCUUUUCUUUUUUCAAGACAAAUAGAAACAGGGAAUUCUUUUGAUUCCUCUGGUGAUGAACUUGACAUGGAUCAGUUGCUUAGGCCAUCUUCCUCAAGGAAGUCAGGAAGAUCUAAGAGUGUUUCAGAACUCCUGGACAUCUUAGAUGAUACAACACAUACUCAUCAAAGUAUACAUAGCUCUGACCAGAUCCUAAUACAAGACUUAGAAUGGCUUCAAAAUGACCGAGAAGCAUAUAAAAUGGCUUGGCUAAGUCAACGUCAGCUGGCCCGCUCUUGCCUGGAUCUGAAUAUAGUUAAUCAGAGUCCUGGGUGGGCUCAAACACAAAUUGCAGAGACUAUUGCAGUUUGUAAAUUAAACCAUCACGGAGGAUCAGUGCAGUUACCCGACUCAGAUAUCACUGUUCAUGUACCCCAAGGACACGUAGCUGUAGGAGAAUUCCAGGAGGUAUCUCUGAGAGCAUUUCUGGAUCCUCCACCAAAGCUGAACCAUGAUCUGUCCUGCACUGUAAGCCCUCUGUUGGAAAUCAGGUUAAGCAACCUGAAGACCAUGGAAGCUAUUUUGCUGGAGAUGAAAAUUGGAGCAGAAGUGAAAAUAGAUCCUCUGAGCCAAGUCAUGACAGAAAUGGUGUGUUUACACAGCCUGGACAGAGAAGGCCCUUUCCAAGCACUAAACAACUGCUAUUUCUACAAAGACACAAUUCAAGCAAAGUUUCUUGAUCUGAGCCCUGUAAUGUACAUAGUCAUAGCUGUGCAAGCUAAGGCCAUUCAGCCGCCAGCUGCUACUAUUUGGGAUUAUAUUCAUAAAACCACCUCCAUUGGAAUUUAUGGACCCAAAUAUAUCCAUCCAAGUUUUACUGCUGUUUUCACAGUUUGUGGACACAACUAUGUGCCAGGAAAGUUUACAGUCUCUGACAUUAGGAAGGGUGGAAAAAACGUAUCUCCGGUAGUAUUUCAUCUCUGGGGGAAGCAUUCAUUUUUACUUGACAAGCCACAAGAUUUAAUUAUUUCAGCUUUUUCAUGUGAUCCUGAUUUUGAAGUAAAGGUAGAGAGAGAAAGGAAAAUAAUUGCACAAAGGCAAUUGGAAGCAGGUGCCAUAGUUCAUCAACAAAUGUCCUUUUCUUCAGUUGACCACAGAGAUAUGCACUUGUUUGUUUUCAGGGUUCAUGUGGGGCCUCCCAGGGGAAAACCAGUCACACAAUUUUUUGUCACUUCACCUGAUCCAGCCCCAAACCUAAAAAGGCUCUCACAUCUUCAGAGCUAUUUCCAGAAGGAGAGAGAAGGCAAGAGAGUGCCUUUGUUAUCAGUGGGGCUUGUUAAGUACCCCACUUUCCAAGAUAAAAAAAUGAACUUCACCAAUUAUGGGGUCACACUGAAGACGGUUCUGAGGCAAAGUAGGAUUGACUACUUACUUGAUUACUUAAAGGGGGAUACAAUCGCCCUUCUUGGAGAAGGCACGGUAAGAGCCAUUGGGCAAUCCAAAGUGAAAGAAUGGUAUGUAGGAGUCCUCCGAGGUAAGGUCGGACUUGUGCACUGCAAAAAUGUCAAAGUGAUUUCCAAAGAACAAGUGAUGUCUCUGUCUGAUGGCAGUUUGACAACCAAGAAUCUUUUGGAGCAAAUUGCCUUGCCAUUUAAAAAUCUGACUUAUAUAUACUCUGUUAUGUUGACCCUGGUGUCAGAAAACAUUCAUGACUGGAAAGUUUUAGCUAAUGUCCUGGGCUACUCACAUCUGGCACAGGAAGAUUUUGAUCAAAUUCAAGCAGACAAGGAACCAGAAAGGGUUUCUUACAUUGUCAAGAAGUUAAAGGAAGAUUGCCACGAAGACAGAAGUACCAGAAAGUUUCUUUAUGAACUGAUUGUGGCUCUGCUAAAGAUGGAUUGCCAAGCGUUAGUGGCACGUCUUAUCCAAGAGGCUGUUAUACUGACCUCAGCUGUUAAGCUUGGAAGAAGCUGGAGGGAACUUGCUGAGAAGUCGGCAGGACUCACUAAGCAUCAGAUGCAGGCGUAUGAAAUUCCCUACCGAGGAAAAUCUGGAGAUGUUUCAGCCGAGACAAUAUGGAAACCUGCUUAUGAUUUUCUGUAUGCUUGGAGCACUCACUAUGGAAAUAGCUAUAGAGAUGUGUUACAAGACCUUCAAUCAGCUUUGGACAGAAUGAAAAACCCUGUCACCAAACGGUGGAGAGACUUAACUGGAACUUUAAUAUUAGUAAAUUCUUUAGAGGUUUUAAGAGUAACUGCUUUCACUACUUCUCAAGAAAUAUAGAAUGAAGCAAGUUUGCGGAGCAAGGAAAAUGGCAACAAAGACCAAGAAGACAGACAGCUUGUUAGCUGAUCCAUGUAGUAAGAUUAAAAACAACAACAACAUGCGUGACAGUUGUAUAGCUUGGUCUUCUUGUGGGACUCCUGACCGUGGGAGCAGGGGCUGUUUCUGACUCUUUUGCUUAAUACAAGGAGAGGUGCUUAGUCUCACUGCAACUUGAUAUGCCAUGUUUUGUUGCUAUCCACGGGAGGCCUGCCCCUUUCUAAAUAGAAACAGAGGAGGAGCGGGUUGGUUGGGGCACAGAGGGUGUGUGUGUGUGGAGGGGGACUGGGAGGACAGAAAGGAGGGGGAACAGCAGUUGGGCUGUAAAAUAAAUAAAUUAAUAAAUAUUAAAAAGCAAAACAAAACACUUUAGGUUUGUACCUUAUCAUGCUUUGAGAAUGUAAUUGGGAAUUUUAAGCAGUUUAGAAAAUGAAAACCAUCUUGGUAAUUUAAGGAUGGAACACUGAUUUAAAUAUUAACAUACACAUAAAACUGGUGAUCUCUUAUAUUCUUCCAAGGGCAUUUUAAACUCAUGUCCAAUCUGUUCUUUUAAAUUUGUUCCUAUAUAUUUUUAUAAAUUGUUCCUACUUUUCUGCAUUUUAUAAUAUCCUUGCUGUGAUGAAUUUUCCUAAUCAGAAUAGAUUAAUUCAGUAAUCACAAAUUGCCUUUUCUACUUGGCAAAAAGUCAAUGGAAUUAAUAAGGCUCUUACAGUCUCUCUUUGACAUCACUAAAGUAUCAAAAGCUAUUAAUCUAAAACUUCUCCAAGCAUUGAAAAAAUGGAAAUAGAUUAGAUGGUCCUUUUGGUUCCUUAGGCUUUUCAUUUAAUGAUGCACAAAUCAGCAUGGGAUUCCAGUUCAGUCUGGAGUUCAGAAUGUGACCAUUGUUCUUUGUAGUUCCCGGAUUCUUGACUUCUUUUUUCAAAGGGCUUCACAUGAGUCCACCAGGGGAUUCCUUCAACAAUGUACCACUAACUGUUUAUAUCAAUCACAGAAACAGCACAUUUUUAUGUCAUGUAGCUAAUACUGUGUAAAUUGUGUACUUGUAGAUAGCUAAGUAUGUAGAAUAAUGAAUCAAUGGAUGCCACUGAACAGAGAAAAGGUACUGAUAGUAAACAGCUUUGAAUGUAUGUGACAUGAGUUUCUGUGGUAGUUUGAAUAACUAUGGCCCCCACAGACUCAUGUGUUUGAAUGCUUGCCCCAUAGGAAGUGGCACUAUUAGGAGGUGUGGCCUUGUAGGAGUAGGUGUGGCCUUGUUAUAUAAAGUGUGUCACCAUGGGGACAGGCUUUGAGGUCUUAUAUGCUCAAGCUAAGCCCAGUAUGACAUACAGUCUCCUUCUGCUACCUGCAGAUCACAAUUUAGAACUCUCAGCUCCUUUUCCACCACCAUGUCUGCCUGCAUGCUGCCGUGCUUCUUGCCAUAAUGAUAAUGGACUAAACCUCUGAAACCGUAAGCCAGCCCCAAUUAAAUAUUUUCCUUUAUAAGAGUUGCUGUAGUCAUGGUGCCUCUUCACAGCAAUAGAAACCUAUUUAAGUUUCCAAACUUUAAUUUUUAGACCAUACUGUUGUACAUAAAAUAUUUGGUGACUUUUUGAUGCCUAAAGAAUAUUUGAGGGCAUAUAAGAGAAUAGUAAAAAUUUAAGUCAGUUUAGGUUUUUGAAAUUAAAAUAGAUUUUCUACUGUUUAUACAAACACAAAAUAGCCUGUAACAUUUACAGUCUCUGGGACCUCACUGGCCAACAAUUCCACACCAAAAAGGUAAUUCACUCCAUGGACUAAGUUUUUUAUUUGUGCAUUGUCACCCUAUUAUGGGCAAUUGCAUUUUAACUCUGUGUGUGUGUGUGUGUGUGUGUGUGUGUGUGUGUGUGUAUGCUUUAAGAAAUUUCUACAGCAAUAGGUUUACAUCUGACUUUUUCAAAAGGUCUUUAAUGUCAGUUUCCCUUCCUCAUAUUCCUUCUACUAUUCUGUCCUCCAAACCCACAGCCCAUUUAACUCUUAUUUCAUUAUUCCCCUUAGACCAUUAUACCAUUGUGUUCUGUCUCCUUUCACCCGAAAGACCCUCUUCUCACAGCCCCUAUCAUAGUUUUUAUUUUAUUGCUGUGUAAAGACACCAUGGAUAAGGCAGCUUAUAAAAUAAAACAUUUAAUGGGGGGCUUGUUAUAAUUUCAAGUGCUUAAUCCAUGGCCCGCAUGGUGGGGAGCAUGGUGGCAGACAGGCAGGCAUGGUUCUAGAGAAAAAGUAGCUAUGAACUUACAUUCUGAUCAACAGAAAAGAGGCAUUUAGAGAGUGAGAUAUUUGGGCUCUUGAAACCCCAAAGCUCACCCUCCCAGUGAUGCAUCUCUUUCAACAAGCCAUGCCCCCUAAUAUUUCCUAAGUAGUACACCAACUGGGAACCAAACAUCCAAAUGUAUGAGCCUUUUCUUAUUAGAACCAUUACAUUCUACACCCAGGCCCCCAUAGACCUGUAGCCAUAUCAUGAUGCAAACUGCAUGUAGUCUAACUUUAAAAGUCUCUGUUAUCUUUCACAGUCUCAACACCAUUUAAAAGUCCAAAAUUUCUUCUGAGAUUCAAGGCCAUCUUAUAAUCACCUAUAAAAUCAAAAUCAAAUUACAUAUGUCCAACAUACAAUGACAUAGAAUAUACAUUAUCAUUCCAAAAGGAAAGAAAGGUGGCAUUGUGAGGAAGUCUUGGACCAAAACUAGACUGAAAACCAGUAGGGCAAACUCCAAACCCUGCAUUUUCAUGUCUGAUGAUAAUGGGCUUAUUAGAUGCCAGCUUUGCCAACAGCAGCACACUUCUUUCUCUCUUGGGUGGUUCAGCUUCCUGUAUGCAACUCUCCUUGGCAGGUAUCCCACAGCUCUGGCAUCUCCAAUCCCUUGGUGUCUCCAACUCAGUUCAGGCUUUACUUUCACAGCUUCACUCAAUGGCUUUUCUGGGCCUCUAUGAAGGGACUCCUCUGCCACACAUCUGGUCUCAGCAGCUUUCCUUAAUCCCGGAGGAAGAUUCCACAGCACCUUUACACCUGUAAUUUUCUUGAUAAAGCCAGAGCUACUGGUUAAGGCUGCCAAAUUAUGCUGCCCCCUGGGAUUGAAACCUGGCCCCCUCCAUGACUCAUAUUUGCAUGAACUUUGACUUAUUCAUAGUCUCCUUUGUUGAAUAAGCUUUGCUUUUCACAGCUUGGAAGUUUAGCUGGGUAGGGUCUUGCCCUGAGGGUACCACUCCCUUUAUUCCAUCUAGCAUCAGGGUUUUCUUUUAAACUUUUCUUCUACUUGAACACAGGACAUGGCUCCAAUUUACAUUUACUGGUACUCUUUUUCUCCUCAAACUGUACAUUUUGCAUUUCUUUUAACCCUACUUGCUCUUUUUCAUUGUAGAUCUGUACAAAGUAAUUUGCAUAAAAGUAAUUAUAUAAAAGUAAUCACUAACAACUGCAUGAUGCAUUCAAUACUAGGUUACCUUGAAAUUUUCUCUGCCAAUGAUACUAGUCUAAAAGUCUUCAAUUUAGCCUCUGGCAUAUUUUUUUUUUUUUUUUUUGGACACGGGCAGAAAGCAGACACAUUCUUUGCCAAAACAUCACAAGACUGAUCUCUAAUAUUUUUCUCCUUGAAAACCACUUGAUCUGGGCCUCCAUUAGUUACAUUGCUCUCAGCACCACUGUCUCCAUGUUCCUACUAGGAUGGAUUAUUAAGCCUCACUUACGGCAUCCAACCACUUUUCUAGUCAAAAGUCUUGAAGUGAUAUUUCUGCAAAAAACAGCAUGGUUACAACAUUACCCCAGUCCCUUAUACCAAUUUCUGUCUUAGUUACUGUUCUAUUGUGAAGAGACACCAUGACCAAGGCAACUUACUAUAAAUGAAAGCAUUUAAUUGGGGGGCUUGCUUAAAGUUUCAGAGUUAGUCCAUGAUUCUCAUGGUGGGGAGUGUGAGGGCUAGCAGGCAGUCAUGGCACUGAAGCAGUAGCUAGUUAAGAGCUCAUAUCCUAAUCUACAGGAAGCAGGCACAGAGAGAGAGAGCGCAAGAAUGGGCCUGUCUUAGGCUUUUGAAACCUCAAAGCCUGCAUCCGCCAGUGACACACCUCCUCCAAGAAGGCUACACCUUCUAAUCCUUCAUGAACAGUUCCAUCAAGUGGGACACAAGCAUUCAAAUAUAUGAGCUUAUGAGAGCCAUUUUCAUCCAAAUUACCACAGCUCCAUACUAGUUUCCUGACCUCUAUGGGUAUUCCAAGUGAAACACACAAAUCUGAAGAUUCAAAGCUAACAUCCUUAAAUGAAAGAAAAUAUGACAUUGAUAUUUCUGGAUUUGUGCUACCUCACUCAGAAUGAUUGUUUACAGAUCCAUCCAUAUACCUGUAAAUUUUUAUUAACAGCUGAGCAAUAUUCCAUUGUGUAAAUUUACCACAUUUCCAUUAUCUAUUCAUCAGUUGAUGGACAUCUAUAUUGUUUUCAUUUCCUGGCUAUUCUGUAUAGAGCAGCAAUGAAUAUGAAUGAGUAGAUAU